ACUGAAAAUGGUAUUAGAAAAAGGAUUAAAAAGGUAAAUUGUUAAUAAGUUAAAUUUGAUAGGAUUGUUUAUUACCGGGUAUAAACAAUUUUUUUUCUCUUAAAAUGGCUGAUGUCACAUCGUCGUAACAAGUCAACAAGGAACUCUCGUAAGCAAUCCCAAACACCCCACUAUUUUUCAUCUUCGUUUGGUAUUUUGCUAUAAACAUUUUCAAACGAUGCCUCAAGAUCUCCCGGGGUUCUAUUAUGAUGCCGAGAAGAACAGGUAUUUCCCUAUCAAAUCACCGAUUCCGGGUAGAAACGCUUCUUCUGCUUCCACCAAAGCUCAAAAAGCACCUUCGAAAAUGAAUCAGUUUAAGUACGGAGAGAUGGGAAAAGGGUCCAAAGUUGUUAAGAUGCUUCAUGUGAGGGAAUUAUGUGGAAAUUCAGUCAGCUGUAACAAAAGGAAGGUGAACUUUGAAGAACAAUACCAAAAGAUACGGGCGUCAAAACCUAUGAUUUGGAAAUACGAAGGGACACGGAGGAUUACUGAUGCUGCAUUGGAACACAUAUGCCUCGACAUCCAGACUCCAGGUGGCAUUACUAGAUCAGAAAUAUUACUUGCUGGUGGUCUUAAYGGCACCUUUUGUUUGUCUGAAGUCGGAUAUGUUGGGCAACGUGCUAAUAAUGCGAUGCAAUGCAUGCCAGAUCUUGUGCAGCCUCUGAACAUAGAAAAGCAAACAGCGUCAUUAAAAUCGCCAGGACUUCUUUGGAGGCCCAUGGGAGCUGUGGUUGAGAUGCUUUCAAGUGUAUCCUGUAUAAAGAUAUCAAGAAACUAUCAUCCUCAAGCAACUGAUAUUGAUUCAUCAGUUCCACAUGCUUUAGUAACUACUCUGGGAUCUGAAACAUCUGGUGGAUCUGUUUAUAUGAUGAACCUUAGCGAGCCAUUGGAGUAUGGUCUGGGCAUUGCCAUGCUGAGUGGAAGAUUCGACGAGAUUUCCAGAAUCAAAUCCACAGUUUGGGCAGCAGAUAGCAAUUCAGAUGGGAAUCAAGCGGUGAUUGGCACCAAUAUUGGAGCUGCCUUGGUACAUAUAGAAUCUGGAAGAAGAUCAUGGAUAUGCCGUUCCAAGAGUGAUGUUUUGUCUUUGCAAUUUGAUUGUUCGGGAAAUAUUGUUUUAUGUGGAUUUCGAAAUGGAGCUAUUGUGACGGUUGAUACUCGCCAGAAACCUGAAGACUUGCAUGAUAGACUUCCUAAACACCAAAUUCCUUUUCCAUCCUUUAAAACAAGCGCAUCGUCAAGUGGAAGAGGUCAAAAACAUGAGAAACAAUGGUUUGAGCUCAGGGGGAACAUCCAUCACUCUGAAAUGAUCUCCAUGCCUUCAUCAGUUUCCUGUCUGGCAGCACUUAAGCAGUAUGAUCAGUAUUUCUUGGCCAGCUCCAUGGAUGGAACGGUGAGGCUUUAUGAUCAUCGUUUGACUCAAAGAGGGGCCGUACAGUUCUACGAUGGAAAUGUUAAUUCUCAUACUCGUGUACAGAUUGGUGUUGACCCAUCAGAGAGAUUUUUCAUGUCAGGGGGAGAAGAUUUCUGCUUGCGGGUCUGGAGCAUCAAGUCAGGCGAAAUGUUAUACCAAGAUAAAUUCAUGAAUUCCGUGCCCUCAGUUGUGUGCUGGCCAAGAGGAGUCCAAGAUUGCAACAGAAGACCUGCAAAUCAUUUUCCAGGGGCCUGGUUGGGAUCUCAGGAAGGGCUGUUUUAUGUGAAUAAUAUAUGACCUUCAACUAAGCUAAAAAUCAACAAGGAAUGAAUCCUUUAUCUGUUCUGGAUUUCCAUUUGGCACUUGGUUUUCUCUUAAAUGGCAUGAUGGAAUUGGUGUUGAGUUUGCCAAUGGGUCUUGCAAUUGGAUUCAGAUGGCUUGAACUUCCACAUGAUGUUUGUUUUCUCGUGACAAGUGUUGGUCGACAUCAAUGAAUAUGGUAUUCCUACAUCGUUGGCAUCGAGAAGAAAAUUACUCCUUGUAAGUUCUCCAGAUAGUGACAGUCAACACAUGUCUUUAAUUGUUGAAUAUAUACAUCAUAUGAUCAUGAAACCAUUAUAGGAAUUGGUUGUUGAAUGUUAUGGUGGUUCCCCUUUACUGU